CAUUCGUAGUCUCCCUAGAGCCCUUGAAAACUCUUCUUUCAAGGGUUCUUCCAGAACUUCCGGGCAUCCCACCAUGAAGUACUCCUUCAACCUUCUUCGUAAGUGUGCAAAAAAGUUCUCAAGCAAAAUAAGGAUGGCCAAGUCUUGCGCAAGCAAGAACCAUAAGGCAAAAGCAGCACCGCCAUCGCCUCCGCCGACACCUCGGGCUGCUCCACCGUCUCCAUCACAUGAAGAAGAGGUUCACGUUCAGGUUCAGAUUCACCAUGGGGAACAUGAACUGUGCAGGGGAGGAGACUGCAAUUGCCUCGGUGAAUUUGUUGGCAAACUGUGGACAAUCCCAGGAAUGAAAAGUGUUGGUGUUUUCAACGUGGCAAAGCCAGGAGAUCGUAUUGACGUGGAAGAAUUAUUUGACAAAAUAGAGAAAAUUCCAGAACUGGAAAGUAUUGAAGUGGUUAGCAUGGGGAAUUCGGGAGACCAUAUGGAUGAUGAGCGGAUGCUGCUUCCACCGUCCAUGCCUCUAGUUGCUCCACCAUCUCUGGUAUCACCUCCACCAAGUAAAGAAGACGAUCAGCCAGAGGAUGGACCGGUCGACUGUGAUCGCCUCGGAGAAUUUAUUGACAAACUGUGGACAAUUCCAGGGAUGCACAACAUCGAAACUUUCAAUCUGGAUAAAUCGGGUUUCCAGAUUCGUGGUUAAUGACCUAUGUGUGGUGGCUACUUAUGAGAACCCUAUUUUCUUUAUUGAUUGGUUUUUCGCAUUCUUUUGGUAAUAAUUUUACUGGUGGAUGAUUUCUUCGUGGGAAGUUGAUUUGCUUUCUUAGGUACUACGUAUCACGUUAUUGUUUUCUUGGAUGAGAAUGCAAUAAGAGUUUUUACUCACUUUCUUU